AUGAGAUUUUGGGUUAUAACACCGGUAACCUAUUUGAUCGAUCCCAUCGUCGACAAAUACACAAUUCUCAGCACAUGGGCCAAGCUUGUUUCUAUUGGUUUUGGGUAUGUGGACCCGAAGAUUCGAGGUUCAAGUGUAAGAGGAUGGGGAAUACAGGCAGACUUAGAUAGACAAUCUAAGGGAGUCUUAAACUUAAGAGCUUUGGCGGGAAGCCGAUUUAGGAGAUACACGGAGGUUGCAACUGCCCCCGGCCAGAAAGAUUUAGAUAAAAAUUGUACGUAUACUUCGAAACAUUUCUCUUCAAUAUUCUAUCAAGACUUAAAGAAUAUGGAAGGUAGAGAAUAUUGGAUGUACAAUAGUAGCGUCGUGCGUACUUCCGAAAUAUAUACGAAAGGCGUUUCUACUUUUCUUAAGGUUGCUGAAGCUAAUCGGAGGAAUGUUGGCUCCAAAGAGAUUUGGUGUCCUUGUAUGAAGUAUCAUUUGCUUGCAAAUGGUUUUAUGCCUAAUUACACUUGUUGGUCAAAACAUGGGGAAUCACGGAUUGAUGGUGCCACAACAUCGACUAAUAUAGACAAUGAGGAUAAUGAAAAUCUCUUAUAUGAUGGCAAUUUAAACGUUGAUGAUUUAAAUGAUGACGAUUUAAAUGGUGACGACUUAACUGAUGACACUUUAAAUGAUAAAAACUUAGAUGACAUGUUUAAGGAUUUAGAGAAUGAUAUCGACGAUGAUGAUUAUAUAAAAUUACAACAUCUAAUUGAAGAUGCACAAAAACCAUUAUACAGCGAUUGUUGUGUGAGUGAUGCGUCGGGUGGAUCUAAUAUUGAAUACCCAUCUAUUAAGGAACCCACCUUUUGUGAGUUGUUAUACACGCAUCCUUCCAAAAGAGAAAAAAUAGUUGGUACAGCAUAUCUUCAUCCUAAUUCGACUAGGAUUAUACAUAACGGGCCAAUGGCUGAUGGUUAUGUGAAAAUCGAAGUAAUUGAAAUAUAUCCCGAAUACAAGAAAAUGUCGCUUCCUGAACUUUCAUGCUACGAGGAACUUGAAGAUUAUGGUGAUGCCAUUGGUCAUUUCAUUCAGUGGCCACUUUCUUCUAUAAAGCUUUCAAACAUAGAGGCAACUCAUCAUAUUCCAACCAUGAUACAACCAGCUCAUGAAAACACAUGUUAUUCACCAGAGUUUGAGGAUGUCACCGAACAAUAUCAAAUUCAUGAAAAUCAUCAAAUUGAUAUGACAAUGGUCGAAAAUGUUAGCGAUGAGUUUCUAUUUGGCCCGCAUGAUGUUUCAAUUGAACAUGACGUUGACGGAUCAGAAGAACUGGAUAUGAUGUUUUCGGAACCUGUUGAACAAACUCAAGCUUCAACGAUGUCAAAGGAACAAAAAAGAAUACAAGAGGCCUUGUGGAAUAUCGAACAUUUGCGCCCUAAAAGUAUAAAAUCAUUGGCCGAACGAUUAAGAAAACACUAUGGCGGCGAGACGAGCAUUCAACUUAAGUGUCCUACUGGGAUGUAUCCCACUACCGAUUCCAGUCACUCAUAUGACUACGUCGAAUAUGAGGGGGUGUUGCAGUUUUUAGCAAACGGAUUGCUUGAUGCCAGCUUCAUACAUUGGUGUCAAAUGUAA